CAAAGAUGAACGUGUUGUUGCCUUAAGGCUAUUGUCAGUUACAAGCCGGCAUAACCACCUCAACCAUGGAUACACUUACCGAAGACGGUGCCAUGUCUGAAGACGGGUUGGAGCAAGAAUUCGACCAAGAGUUCCUGACCUGUCCCGUCUGCAACAAACUGUUUAGCGAGCCCAAAAUCCUGCCUUGUCUGCACACGUUCUGCAAAUCGUGUCUGGAAAAAUGGGUCAAACAGAAGGUAUCCUGUCCGUUCUGUCGCACCAACAUCAAACUACCGGCCGAGGGCGUGUCAGGUCUUCCAACAAACUUCAACGUCAACAAGCUCCUAGAUUUCAGAAAGCUGCAGAAGAGUAAGAACCUCCCUUGCCAGCUGUGCGAGACCCACGUUAAAGCAUCCUCCAUGUGCGUCGACUGCGGCAAACUGCUAUGCGAGACCUGCCUGAAGCUGCACAGCAAGCUUCCUCUGGCCAAAGACCACGACAUUCUUACCUUCGAGGAGCUGAGGAGUAAGGAAAGACGGUCGAGGUACCAUCGCAAGCUGUACUGCCGCGAUCAUCCCGACCAAGUCCUGGCAUUCUACUGCGAUCCUUGCGAACGUCUUGUCUGCCGCGACUGCACCAUUGUACUUCACCGUCCUGGCCCAGACCAUGACCCUAUGGAAGUUGGCAAGGUAGCUUCAGGGCGAAGAGAAACACUGGUCACCUUACUGAAGGGCACGGAAGGACUCUUAGACAAACUAGAGGAAGCUAAGAAGGCUAUCGAAGUCGACUUGAAGCAGUUUCACGAAAGUCGCCAGGUGGUAGAGAAAUCCAUCUUCAACUACGCCGAAGAGUUAAAGAUGACGAUCGAAGCAAAGGCUGUACAACUAGCAUCCGAACUAGACGAAAGAUGGGAGAGGGAAGAAUCAUCGAUCACGAGACAGAAAGAAGCCCUGGAGAAGAUGCAACAAGAGGUCAAAGAUGGCAGGAGUUUCUCUGAAGAAGUCUUGAGCCAGGGUAGCGACGCGGAGGUGCUGUCAGUCUGGCAUCAGGUUGAGGACAGACUGAGGCAAAUUCAGGCCUUAGAAGUCGGGUACGAGCCGUUCGAUCGGAGAAUGAUGUUCAAACCGUCAAAGGAAGCUGAAGAAGUGGCGACUCUUCCCGUCAUAGGAUCGGUGGAAACGAGUGUAGUGGAUCCUGCCGUCACAACGGUCAUGAUACAGGACUACGUAGAGUGUCUGCAGACUGUGAUCAAGGUGGGCCCGCGAAAUUCCGCCGGGGCACUCUGUAGUACCAACGGCAUCAAGCCAAGAGUGGAGAUCACAGGCCCAAAGGGAGACCGGGUGCACCUUGACCCGGAACCGGAAGAGAACGAGGACCACACAUGGGACGUCAUAUGGACGCCAUCUUUGAAAGGACUGCAUUCGGUCAAGGUCAUGAUCGGUGGACACGAAGCAAAGGGAAGCCCGUUCGUCUGUGUCAAGAGCAACGAUCCUGUCCUAACCAUUGGUAAGAAAGGCCACGAGGAUGGAGACUUCGACAACCCGAUCGGAUUAGCAGUCUACGAAGAUAAGCUCAUCGUCGCCGACGGACACAAUGAAAGAGUGCAGGUGUUUAAAGUCGAUGGAACCCACCUAAGCUCGUUCCCAACCUCUGCCUUCACCAAGGGAGUGGCCGUGGAUCGAGAAGGGAACAUCAUCGUCACGGCGGGGCAAGAGGUCAUGAUCUUCACGUCAUCGGGGCAGCUUCAGCGGACGUUCACGCACGGGGAUUUCGACAUCCCUUACGGGGUCGCGGUGGACGGGGACGGCCACAUCGUGAUGGUGGACCGGGACGCGCACUGCGUCUUUCUGUUCGAUUUCAACUGCAGGUUGAUCCGGAAGAUGGGCUCGGAGGGAGACGGUCUGGGCUGUUUCAACUACCCGAACUUCGUCACCGUGGAUCGGGACGACAACAUCAUCGUGUCCGAUCUGAGGAACCACCGAGCGCAGGGGUUCGAUCCGGAGGGGAACCUGAAGUUCCAAAUCGGCCACAAGGUGGGGAUCGACGUGGAGCAAGGGGAGCUGAACUUCCCGACAGGCAUUGCGGUGGACGCGGAGGGAAACGUGGUCAUGGCGGAGUUAUCCGGCAAUAGGUUGAAGGUGAUGCGGUCGGACGGGUUGGACGUGUGCACCAUUAGCAGUGAUGGGGACAAACUGAACAAGCCCCACGGGGUGGCUGUCACAGAGGACGGCUAUGUGUUUGUGGCUGAUUCUGGAAAUCACUGUAUCAAAAAGUACAAGUAUCUGUAG